AUUUCAAAAUUGAUAAUGGUUAAUGGUUAGAAUAUGAUGCUUCUUAUUACAAAGCACAUGAAUGGGCACAGUAUGAAAAUGGUUUGUGCUGCUGCAUGUAGCUUUACACAACUUAAACCUGAUUCGCGAGUUUUCUAUAAAUACUAAAAAAAAAUGUGCAGUGCUGGUGAUUAGCACUAUUAUGUAUUUCAUUUUGAAAAACGAAAAUAAAUAAAUAAAUAAAUAAAUAAAUAAAUGCAUCCAAACUGUUCUUACUGGGAAGUAGGCUACUGCAACUUUAAGUUUGUACCUUUUUUGAUCACACCGGCUUGCUGACGUCAGAAAUGCAUCAAGCCGUUGUCGGCAGCCUCAGCCUCAGCCUCAGCCUCAGUGUCAGGUUUUAUUUAUGAAUUUAGUUGUUACACUUCCGCGAAACCUUUGGGGGAAAUGCAGAGUUGAAGUAGCGCUGUUAACUAUUUAGACCUGUGUAUUUUUUUAAAGCAGUUAUUUAUUUAUUUAUUUUUUUUGUGAAGAAUAAUUUAAGGAGGAUGCAUGGCAACAGUACUUCACCAGUGGGCGUUUUCUGUCUAGUGUUCGUGUAUAAGGGCGGGGGACGUUGCAGUAGUUUUGGCUGCAGAAUAUCUUGGAAGAAAAACAACAACCAAUUUAAAACAAACAAAAAAACAACACCUUUGUUUAUUUAAUUGACACUUCAUAGUCGCGUUCGUCGUAACAAACAGAUUUAUUGAAAGAAGAUUUUUGGGGGUUUGUUUGUGAUUGUUAAAAAAAAAAAAAAAAAAGAGUACCGUGUCGUUUUGCCGUCCUUUUCCCCACCCUUUCUCGUAAUUCCUUUUUGUAUCUCUAACGUCCUGCUGUCUCAAUGCUGUAAAAAAGGGAGGAUGUCCAACCCAGAAAAAAUGCUCUCAUCACGCCCCCAAGCCCCCCUGGCUGUAAGGAAACAGCACAGAUACAGCAAGAACAUCCACAUCUGCAGCAGUUUGUCUUUGGAAAGCGGCUGGGCAUGUAGCUCUAAUCUUUCAGCAGGAACUCCCAGCGGCAGCAGCUGCAACAACAGUCGAGAAAGAACCUCCGUCCCCGCAAGCUCUGCGGCGGCGGCUUCUUGUUUUUCUCCAUCUCCGUACUCCUUUUCUCGCUCGCUGUCUUCAAGCAGAAUCACCGGAUUGCCACACAGAGGAGGCGAAUCGGCGUUCACCAGCUACCCUUCUAGCGCCAGGCUGCUUGUACCAUCAGCAUCCACAAGUCAUGCCAUUCAAGAAUUUCCGCUGCCGCCACCACACUACCACUGGUCAAAUAAUUUUUUAAGCAGCAGGAAUUCUAACAGAGCAAGAUCGUUUUUCUCCCACUCCUCUUCUCCUUUCUUACUGGACUCAGACAUGGAUGAUGGACCUUCUUCAGCAAGUUGCUUUAGAAGGUUUACGGACUGCUUUUUUGCAACAAGUCUGACCGAUGAAAAAGUAAAGGCCUACCUUUCCCUUCACCCGCAGGUAUUGGAUGAGUUUGUGUCGGAAAGUGUGAGUGCAGAAACAGUGGACAAAUGGCUGAAGAGGAAGAGCAGCAGACACGAAGAUGACUCCACUGUUAAGGAGGUCAGCAGGUAUCAGGACACAGACAUGCAAGGAGUUGUGUACGAGUUGAACAGUUACAUGGAGCAGCGGCUGGAAACGGGAGGUGACAACAAAUUGCUACUCUACGAGUUGUGUAACAUCAUCAAAACAGCGACUAAAGCAGAUGGAUUUGCACUUUACUUUCUGGGAGAAUGCAACAAUAGUCUGUGUUUAUUUACACCAACGGGAGCAAAGGAAGGACUGCCAAGGCUCAUCCCCUCUGGUCCCAUUGCUUUUGGAACCACAAUUGCAGCACAUGUAGCCAAGACUAGAAAAACACUGCUGGUAGAUGACAUACUGGGGGAUGAGCGCUUUCCCAAAGGCACUGGACUGGACUCAGGGACUCGUAUCCAGUCCGUUCUUUGUUUACCGAUCCUCACUGCUAUUGGAGAUCUCAUCGGGAUCCUGGAGCUGUAUCGAAACUGGGGAAAGGACCCCUUCAGUCUCAGCCACCAGGAGGUUGCAACAGCAACCCUAGCCUGGGCUUCCUUGGCUAUACACCAAGUCCAGGUGUGCAGAGGUCUUGCCAAACAAACUGAGCUCAAUGACUUCCUGCUUGACGUCUCUAAAACUUACUUCGAUAACAUAGUGGCAAUAGAUUCUCUACUUGAACAUAUUAUGAUAUAUGCAAAAAACUUGGUGAACGCAGACCGAUGUGCGCUCUUCCAAGUUGACCACAACAACAAGGAGCUCUACUCCGACUUGUUUGAUAUUGGGGAGGAAAAUGAAGGGAAGCCAGUCUUUAGGAAAACCAAAGAAAUUAGGUUUUCUAUAGAAAAAGGAAUAGCGGGACAAGUGGCGCGAACAGGUGAAGUCCUUAAUAUUCCUGAUGCCUAUGCAGACCCACGUUUUAACAGAGAAGUGGACCUUUACACAGGCUACACAACCCGGAACAUCCUGUGCAUGCCUAUCGUCAGCCGGGGGACCGUUAUAGGAGUUGUACAGAUGGUGAACAAAUUAAGCGGAAGUGCCUUCACUAAAACAGAUGAGAACAACUUUAAAAUGUUUGCAGUCUUUUGUGCUUUGGCCUUACACUGUGCUAAUAUGUACCACAGGAUACGACAUUCAGAGUGUAUUUACCGAGUGACUAUGGAGAAACUCUCUUAUCACAGCAUCUGUACUUCAGAGGAGUGGAAGAAUCUCACAACUCUGACACUUCCUGUUCCCAUGUAUAAAGAAAUAGAGCUAUUUCACUUUGAUAUCAGCCCUUUUGAGGAACUCUGGCCAGGCAUAUUUGUCUACAUGGUUCACAAUGUUUGUGGAAAAAACAGCUUUGAACUUGAGAAGCUUUGCCGAUUUACCAUGUCAGUAAGGAAGAACUACCGCCGCGUUCCCUAUCACAACUGGAAACAUGCAGUUGCAGUAGCACACUGCAUGUACGUCAUUCUGCAGAAGAACGAGGGGCUCUUCACAGAAUUGGAGCGAAAAGGACUCUUGGUGGCUUGUUUGUGUCACGACCUGGACCACAGAGGCUACAGUAACAGCUACCUGCAGAAGUUUGAUCACCCGCUGGCCGCUCUCUACUCCACCUCCACCAUGGAGCAGCAUCACUUCUCCCAGACAGUCUCCAUCCUGCAGCUGGAAGGGCACAAUAUUUUCUCCAACCUGACAUCAAAUGAGUACGAGCAGGUGCUGGAGAUCAUUCGAAAAGCCAUUAUCGCCACCGACCUCGCACUGUACUUCGGGAACAGGAAACAGCUGGUAGAGCUACUGAGCUUGAGGGUGCUGGAUCUCAACAACCACGUGCACAGGGAUCGUGUGAUUGGCUUGAUGAUGACUGCAUGUGACCUGUGCUCUGUCACAAAGUUGUGGCCGGUUACCAAGCUGACUGCCAACGAUAUAUAUGCAGAAUUCUGGGCUGAGGGUGAUGAAAUGAAGAAGAUAGGCAUGCAGCCCAUUCCUAUGAUGGACAGGGACAAGAAAGAUGAAGUGCCACAGGGUCAGGUUGGUUUCUACAAUGCUGUUGCAAUCCCUUGUUAUACUACACUGUCAGAACUAUUUCCUGCAUCCAGUCCCCUUCUGCAAGCCUGUGGGGAUAACCUUAGUCAGUGGGAACAGCUGUCUCUCAGAGAGGAUGCGUCGGUGUGGAUUCCCUCCCAGUCUGUAACCUCGGAAUCUGCACAGAGCAUUCCUGUGAAAAUCGACUAACAGGAGAGUGGGAGCUCCCGUUCUAAAUGACAGGCUGUGAACGCAGCGAAACAAGACCCUGACAAGCAAGGUGAUUCAAAGAGAGAACGCAUUCAAAUUCAGUUACCUCACUGGGCGAGUCUUUGGACUGAAGGCAUCCCUGGGAAUAGUGACAUUAGGAGCCAUGAAGAAAUACAAGACAGUGGCUAACGAUCUGAUCACCUGAACCAUACUGCUCGUGAAUAUGGCAGAUUGGAUUCUUUUUUUUUUUUUUUGCGGUCUGCAUUUGCUGAUGCCUUAAUUUGAACCCCUAAACCAAGAUAGGUCCUUACUUUUAAGCCUAGCUUUGAGGUUUUAGGGUUAAACUCAUUGAAAUGGUACUUUUUCACACUGUGUUUGGCAGUGCUAAUGGGACGGUUUGUGUAUGAGACUGAAUGUUUGUGGAAGACUAAACACCCGUCCUGUCUCAAGAUUGUAACUGCUAUCUAAAGGAAAAUAUCAAAACAGCACUUGAAUAACAUACAGUCUGUUCUUGCUACAGAUGGCAAAAAUAAAUAAAUAAAUAAAUAACCAUCCAGGUGCAAGACAUUUUAAACCGUGUUAGUCCUGGUGAAGCUGCUUGUCACCAGUGUGUCGUACCUAGCGGCAAAGUUUCCAAACAUGUUUUUUCUUUUUGUAAUUGGGACCAUGCACUUUUAUUACCUAUAUCUUUAACAUCCAUGUUUAAGGUGAAACAUGGUAUUCCUCAGCACCUGCCCUUGAGGGUAUCAGAGUCUUUGGCAUGGGUUUUAAGCUCUGAUGGGUUAGGUAAAUGAAACUGAUAUCUUAGUAAACCUUUUGCACCAAUGUAGCGUAGGCAUUUGUUACAGUAAGGUGUCAACUCUGUAUUCAGAGGCUUAUUAUUCAAGGGAACUAGUUAUAAGGUGGUAUGAUCAUGGUUCCUAUAAUACAGUUUCAAGAGCCUGAUAAGCUCAGGUUCUGCUUAGGGAGGAUAUCUUAGUAGCUCCAGUCCUACUCUUCUGCCUGAUAAAAUCAUAUAGCUUAAAGGUCAUUUUCUUGCCACCCUUUUCAUGAAGAUAGCCUCUUUAUACUACUAUUCUGGAACCUAUAAGGGACAUUAUUUGUGUUCCAAAGCGUAAUUUAAUGCACUGCUUUUUCAUGCAUGGAAUAUCAAUUAUAUAUAAAGCAAAACAAACUGGAAUUUAGUAGCAUUGAUACCUGCUGUGGAAGCUGUGUGAAGUAUCAUAUAUGAAAAAGGCAAUGGAUUGCUUCACUAUGUCAAUCUCCUCAGUAUAAAGUCAUCCCUAACAGUCUCAUAGGGCAAGCACUGUUUGGGCCAUGGGGUAACAAAGGGGUAAAAUGAAAGCUAAACUUUACUGCUGGUAGUCUUGAAUAUGUACAUUUCCUAUGUAAGAACAAAGCACUCUGUAUAUUGGUGCACACAUAGAGAACAAAUGGGUACAAUCAUAUGUCCAAAGCUUGGGGUAGGCUUUUGUCACAUGAAAAAGUGAUUCAGGGUAGACUAUCCUUGAUGAAUCCUUGAUUCCUACUAUUUAAAAAAACAACAACAAAAUAACUGAUAAAGCUGUAAGAUUCUUUUUUUUUUUUUGUAUAAAAUAUAUAUGCAAGUGCAAUAAUUUCAAGAUGUCUUAACUUCACAUUUAUAAAUUAUAAAUAUUGUAUAUGUUGCGUGAGUUUUUUUUUUUUUUUUCCCCAUGUAUUCAUUUGCAGUCUUUGUAUUUUAAAAAAAACAAUACUGGUGUUUGUACUACAGAACAUUGAAACCAUUUAUUAUGUUACAGUUGUAAAUAAAUGCACAAACCAAACCGCCAUA